AUGUCUGCUGAAGCAUCCAUCAACACCGCCACGGGCAACCACCCGGUGGACCCCUACAAGUCGAAGAGCUUCGAAGACCCGCCACUUCCCCAGAAGAUCGAGGACCUGGCCCAGUUCAUCUCAGAGAUCAAGUUUGGCAUGUUGACUACCCAUCAGUCAGAGGGUGAAUACCUGGCAUCGCGAUGCAUGGCACUCGCUGCCCAGGAGCACGGCGGCAUUGACCUAAUUUUCCACACCAACCUUUUCUCUGGAAAAACAAUGGAUCUCACCGUCCACCCCAAGGAAGUCAACAUGUCCUUCUUGGACCCUGUCUCCGGGGCCUGGGCUUCGAUCUCCGGCACGGCCAAGGUUGUUUCCGACCCCGCAACCGUCCAACAGUACUAUUCCUCAGCGUUGAAGGCAUGGAUCGGUGAUAUGGGCGACGGUGUCCACGAUGGUGGUCCCGCCGACCCUCGCAUCGGUGUGAUUAAGCUGGAGGCGAAGCUGGCGACACACGUCGCUACCAAGAAGGGCAUUCUUGGUCGAGCCGUCGACACCGUUAAGGGUGCUGUCCAGGGCAAUGUCCCUGAGAUUAACAGCAUUCGGGAGUUAAGCAUGGAGGAGCUGGCUGAGUGGCGCCGGACACACCAGAAGUCCUAG